AUGUGGUUUCUCGUUGCUCUUCUUCUCGGAUGUGCGUUCCUGGCGUCUCUAUGGCACAGUGUUGUGCGUUACGUGCCCCUCGCAAUGCGGUCGCCGCACCGAGGCGCCAUGAAGGUUGGUGUGGUGCUGGGCUCUGGUGGACACACGAGUGAGAUGCUGCGCGCUAUUACGGAGCUACCGUUGUCUUACUGGUUAGACACGCGUCCGUUCUACGUUGUGAGCGCCACCGAUCCACACUCAGCCAGCUUGGCCUCACAGCUGGAGCAGCAGCGCUUCGAGAGGCGCGUCAUAGUGUACACCAUUCCACGUGCGCGCGAGGUGGGCCAGAGCUACCUGACGUCGAUCAUCACAACAAUCAGGGCAACCCUCGCGUGCUUUCGGCUUGUUUGCGCUGAGAAGCCGGACGUGCUGCUCACAAAUGGCCCUGGCGUGUGCGUGCCUGUAAUCGCGGCGGCCGUUUGCGUGGCAUCGUGCGCGCCGUGGUGGUACGGGCGCCCUGCCAUUGUCUACAUGGAGUCCUUCACGUGCGUAUCGCACCUAUCCCUGACAGGGCGCCUGCUGGCGCCAUGGCUGGCAGACGUCUUUACGGUGCACUGGCGGGCUCUGGAGAGAGCUGUGGCUCGACGCCGCCGCCGCGGCACGCUGGUGCACGUUGGAUCGCAGGAAGCGCGUGUCACAGACGGCGCACCGAAUCGCCUCCGGUCUCUUGCUGCCGAGCAGGAGGCCUACGCGCUGGUGACGGUGGGGUCGACAAAGUUCUCCUCUUUGGUGCAGGCGGUGGUGCAGCCCGGCGUUUGCGCCGCCCUGCGCCAGCGUUUCGGCAUCAAGCGCCUCUACGUGCAGCAUGGCACCGCUGAGGUGGUAGCACCUCCAGAGGCGACUCUCCUGCCCGCCCUGCCGACAGCCGCUGGCGCAGAUGCUUCUCAUCCGACGCAACAGUGGAGCUGCGGGGGCCUCCUCGUGGAGGCCUUCCCGUACCGACCUUGCCUGGACGCCGUGAUUCGUGGUGCUACCCUCGUCAUCACCCACGCUGGUGCCGGCACCAUCUUGGAAGGACUGCAAGCGCAGCAGCCCUUGGUGGUGGUGCCGAAUCGUCAGCUGAUGUCUGACCACCAGCUGGAUCUCGCUGAGGCUCUGGCCAACGGUGGCUUUCUCUUCUGCGUUCAAGUUGCUGAGCUGGCGGAGAGGCUGCCGUUACUUGACCUGACAACGCUUCGACCACACGGUGGUAUGAAUGCCGCGCAGCUUCAGGAGGCGCUUCGGCUCGUGCUGACCGGGCGUUCUGCGAGCGGAGAGAGGGUGAAGGGCGAGUAG